GCCGCCACAGCGCGUGCGCGGUCCCGCGCCUCCGCGCGCUCCGUGAGGCGGCAGGCAUGGCGGCGGCGGGGCUGCUCGCCCGCGGCGGCGGGGCGAGGGCGCCCAGGGCGCUGGCCUUCGGGUUCCUCCGCCGGCUGCACACGGUGUACCAGAGCGCGGAGCUGCCGGAAACCCACCAGAUGCUGCGCCAGACGUGCCGGGACUUCGCAGAAAAGGAGCUGAUGCCUUUGGCCGCUAAGCUGGAUAAGGAGCACCGCUUCCCGGCCGAGCAGGUGAGGAAGAUGGGUGGCUUAGGGCUGCUGGCUAUGGAUGUGCCGGAGCAGUACAAAGGAGCAGGCCUCGACUACCUGGCCUAUUCCAUUGCUGUGGAGGAGAUCAGCAGGGGCUGUGCAUCCACGGGUGUCAUUAUCAGCGUCAAUAAUUCUCUGUAUUUAGGGCCAAUACUCAAGUUUGGCUCUGAAGAACAGAAGCACAAGUGGAUUGCUCCCUUCACUGGUGGAGAGAAGAUCGGAUGUUUUGCCCUUAGCGAACCAGGAAAUGGGAGUGACGCAGGCGCGGCAUCCACGGUGGCACGCCUGGAUGGUGACGAGUGGGUUCUGAACGGCACCAAGGCCUGGAUCACCAACGCCUGGGAUGCCUCGGCCACUGUGGUCUUUGCUACUACGGAUAAAUCCCUGAAGCACAAGGGUAUUAGUGCGUUCCUGGUUCCCAUGCCAACUGCUGGGCUGUCGCUGGGGAAGAAAGAAGACAAGCUGGGAAUCCGAGCCUCUUCUACUGCCAACCUAAUAUUUGAGGACUGCCGGAUACCCAAGGCCAACCUACUGGGGCAGCUGGGAAUGGGCUUCAAAAUUGCCAUGCAAACUCUAGAUGCAGGAAGGAUUGGUAUUGCCUCACAGGCUCUUGGAAUAGCACAGGCAGCUCUGGACUGUGCUGUGGAUUAUGCUGAAAAGCGAAUGGCGUUUGGGGCGCCCAUCACAAAGCUGCAGGCAGUGCAGUUUAAGCUGGCAGAUAUGGCUGUGGCCCUGGAGGGCGCGCGCUUGCUGACCUGGAGAGCUGCCAUGCUGAAAGACAAUGGGAAGCCCUUCACAAAGGAAGCAGCGAUGGCCAAGCUGGCUGCAUCAGAAGCUGCAACGGCCAUCGCUCAUCAGGCCAUUCAGAUCCUGGGCGGGAUGGGCUAUGUGACCGAGAUGCCAGCAGAACGCCAUUACCGUGACGCUCGUAUCACUGAGAUCUAUGAGGGGACCAGUGAGAUCCAAAGACUGGUGAUAGCAGGGCAAUUGCUGAAGGCCUACCGCAGCUGAAGAAGCCAACUAGAGCAAGACGCUGCCCCAAAGUGCCUCAUAGUGGUGCAAAACUGAUUGAGUCUUGGCCUUCUUGAACAAGGCUAAUGAUGGAAGGUUUCCUCACCAAUGAGUAACUGACGCUCGUGUUAAAAAUGUGCCGAUUCUUCUUUGGACAAAAUACGGUGCGUGGAAGGGCAUAUCUAGGGUUGUAAGUGGUGGCUGUAAGUGCAGGAGGGAGGAGGCAACCUGCCCUUUUAGGGGACUAUAGGUCUGUUCCUAAACCAGAGAGUUGUUUUGUUUUGGUAGCAGCAACGUCACUUUGCUCUUCAGUGAAGGCAGCAGCUUUCCUUGUGCGCUUCCCAGCCACCGCGUGUUCAGCAAGGAUUUGUCACGACACGGCACUCAGUAACCACUGCCAAUUAGCAGUGCCGAGAGACAUGACCCUGUGCCCUGGUCCAGGCCAGGGUUGCCUCUUCUGAUCAGGCUUUGAUGAAUUUCAGGUGUGGGAUGCAGCUCUCUGUGAGCGCCUAAUUGGACACAGGCUGUGCAGCAAUGUGCUUCUUCCAGCCGGAGCGGAGCCAGGCAGGAGGACACAGGCACUUCCCCCAUACAAAGGGUGCUUCGUGGAGCCUGUGGGUGCUGGCUGUGUGGAGGUAAAAACAAAGGUCAGGAAACCCCUCCCCGAUCUCGCCCAGCAAUGCCCAGCAGCCUUAGACAUAGGUCUAAAAGCAAAGGACAGAAAAGCUGCAAUGCCUGGGACUGAUUUUUUUUCCCCAAAAACAAAAACCAAAAAACCCCAAACAACCAGAAAACAAACAAACAAAGCCAAACCACAACCCUCUGCUCCCAAAGCUGCUUUUACUAUACCAACAACUACCCAAAGGAAAGGAAAUGUGUGAAGUGGCAGUAACAGCCUUUAAUAUCUACAUGGUUUGGGCAACAGCAAGGAAAUGAGCAGAUGUCAUAGAAAACCGUACCAGGACGCUUCAGCAGUAGCACAUAUCCCCAGUCAGUUAUCUUUGGCAAGACGUUAACUUUCAGAAGAUGGAACAGCCAAAAGAAAAGCUCUGCACUGAGGAAAAGAUGGUGAGGAUUAAGACAAGCACCUGUAUGGUCCACCCCCUCCAUCCAAACGAGGCGUACACUAGCAGUAAAUUGUUAUUUUCCUAUGGUGCCAUUUAUUUAGAUUUGUGUGGAGAGAAAACCAGCAGGCUUCUAUUACACAUAAGAAAGCAGAGACUACAAAUAAAACAUGAUUUUUUU